UGUAUUACUUUUCUCUAUGGCCGGACCACUGUGACGUGACGUGUAGUUGUUGAAAAAUUGUAAUUUUUGAGAAGAAAAAGAAAUCUUUGUAUUGAUUAGGUAAUUAAUUUUGUAAGCGAAAUGAGUCGUCGUGAUAAGAAAGAAGAUGAAGAUGCCGUGGGAACUAUUUUUCAAAAUCUGGAUAAGACUACGCUUAUCCAAGAAGCGAGGUAUUUUAAUUCUACCCCUGUGAACCCUCGAAAAUGUAUACAUAUCCUCACAAAGAUCAUUUAUUUGCUGUAUCAGGGAGAGAAACUGGGUACGCAAGAAGCAACAGACGUGUUCUUUGCUACUACAAAGCUGUUUCAAUCGAAAGAUGUAGUUUUGCGUCGCCUGGUAUACCUGUGUAUCAAGGAGCUGAGCCCCAUGGCUCAAGACGUCAUCAUUGUGACUUCUUCGCUAACGAAAGACAUGACUGGGAAAGAAGAUUUGUACCGAGCGGCUGCUAUUAGAGCAUUAUGCUGCAUCACAGAUAGCACGAUGCUUCAAGCUAUUGAGCGUUACAUGAAGCAGGCAAUUGUUGAUAAGAAUCCGGCGGUCAGUUCAGCGGCUCUUGUUUCGGCGCUGCACUUGUCGGCGACUGUCCCAGACCUCGUCCGGCGUUGGGUGAAUGAGGCUCAGGAAGCCAUCAUGUCCGAAAACGCGAUGGUGUCGUACCACGCACUGGCGGUAGUAGCUGGAGCCCGGCGCAACGACCGCCUGUCAACUGUCAAGCUGGUCACCAAGUUUUCACGAACACCGCUUCGAUCACCAUAUGCACUUACCCUUCUCAUACGCUAUGCUGCUAAGUUAUCUGAAGAAGAUGAAACUGAUGCUGCUGAUGGAUAUUUAGAUUUCAUAGAAUCUUGUUUGCGACACAAAUCAGAAAUAGUCGUUUACGAAGCUGCUCAUGCAAUUGUAAAUUCCAGUAAGUCUACCAAAGCAAUUGCUCAUGCCGUUUCUGUACUGCAAAUAUUUUGCGGCUCGUCUAAACCACACCUACGAUUUGCUGGAGCUCGAACUCUAGCUAAACUAACAGCUAAACAUCCAAAUGCUGUCGCUGACUGCGCUCCUGACUUGGAGAACUUGAUUUCAGACCCAAAUAGAUCUGUAGCUACUUUGGCCGUAACCACCCUGCUGGCCACUGGAACUGAAAGUUCCAUCGAUCGCUUGAUGAAACAAAUAUCAGGCUUCAUGUCUGAAAUAUCAGAUGAAUUCAAAAUAGUUGUUGUUCAAGCAAUUAGACGGUUGUGCUCUAAAUAUCCUCGCAAACAUCAGUCUUUGGCCGCAUUUUUGGCUGGUAUGCUUCGUGACGAAGGUGGUGUACAAUACAAGACGGCUAUUGCUGAUGCUAUAAUAGCGCUGGUUGAAGAAAACCCAGAAGCUAAAGAAACUGGCUUGGCACAUCUCUGCGAAUUUAUUGAAGAUUGUGAACACACAUCAUUGGCAGUACGAAUACUGCAUGUAUUAGGUCGUGAAGGACCAAAAGCGCGUCAACCUUCCCGGUACAUACGGUAUAUUUAUAAUCGAGUCAUCUUGGAAUCUGGUGCAGUUCGUGCCGCAGCAGUUUCAACGGUAGCCCGCUUCGGAGCUACGCGGCCUGAGCUUCUUCCCAAUAUCCGAGUCCUCUUAGCUCGUUGUACGUUGGACGAUGACGACGAAGUUCGCGACCGAGCUAUUUACUAUAGUGCUAUCCUGGAUUCGGGCGAUCCUCAACUCAUUAACGACUAUAUUAUUAACGUACCUAUUCCAAAUCCAGUUCUUUUGGAAAAGGCUCUGGAAGAUUUUGUGAAUUCAGGUAAAGCAGAAGAGGAAACAUUUAAUAUUGCUGCCGUUCCUUCAGCUGAAGAACCAAAAGAAACCAAAGAAACGCCAAUAGAAAUAGAAUCUCGCAAACAGCCAGUGGUGUCGCGAGAGGAAAAAUAUGCAGAAGAAUUAAAGGUUGUGCCUGGAAUUGAGAAAAUUGGACCAAUAUUUAAAACUUGCCAAAGUAUCGAUCUAACCGAACCUGAAACUGAGUAUCGCGUUCGUUGCGUAAAACAUAUCUAUUCUCGGCAUGUGAUCCUUCAGUUCGAAUGCUUAAAUACACUUAGCGAUCAACUUCUUACAAGAGUUCACGUCCGUUUGUGCCAUCCUCCUGGUUACAGGCUAUUAAGUGAAGUACCAUGUGACGUAUUACCUUACAACAAACAAGAGAGCAUUUUCUACCUGUUAUCUUUUCCUGAAAAUCCACUGGAUUCGGAAUGCUCAUUUGAAGCAAGCUUAGAGUUUGUGGUGCGUGAUUGCGACCCAACAACAGGUUUGCCGGAUGGUGGUAGUGGAUAUACAGAUACUUAUCCACUGGAGGAAUUCGAAAUAAGAUGUGCUGACCAAUUUAGAUUGCGGGCCGCCGGUGACGAUUGGGAAUCUUCUUGGAAUGCUGCGGCUUCCGCGGACGAAGCGAGUGAUACGUUUGGCUUGUCCCAAUCAGACGUUGGAGAAGCUGCUGUGGCUGUUUGUGAGCAUUUGGGUCUGCCCAAGGCGUCUAUUGACGGAGAUGCCGUCAAGGACAUUCGUGGCGGAGGAAUGUGGCGUGGUGGAAAUCCUAUACUCUUGCGAGCCCGCCUCGUGUCUGCUCAGGGCGCUGUCACCAUGCAGCUGACAGUGCGCUCAACCCAGGCCCAGAUAGGUACUUUCCUGUUAGCUGCUGUUGGUUAAUCACUCUAUUAUUAAGUUACGAUCCCCAAGUUUACCCUACUGUGCCUUUCUUUCAUACUUAUCUAUUUUAUAUUUAAGAAAAUUGAGUUGUCUAAUUAUAUAUUUUUGUCUAUUUACAAACUCCAAUAUGAUUCAUGAUUAUUUUGUAAUUUAUAAUAAUUAUAGUAUAUUGAUGUUUAGAA